CAAAGUCGUUUUCUUAACAUUAAAGCCGGUUUAUCAAACGAAUAACUCUCUUACAACUCACUACUAUACAACUAAGUUUAUAAUCCUGCUUUAUUUAUUCAUCUUCAACUUUAGUUAACUUUAGUUAUUGUGUUGUAACAAAACCCUACUAAUUCCAUAUUUUUAAAUUAAUCAUCGAUAAUCCCUUCUUCAAUUCAAAGAUCAUGUAUAAAAGUGCCCUUAAAUUUUAAUUCAAGGGCAUCAAUCACUUUCCUUUCAAAAACCCCAACUUUUGUUCAUUUCCAUAAGCCCUAAUUAUUAAUUAAAGGUUUGAUUUUUAUUUUGAUUUUGUCCAAGAAUCAAUCUUUUUUCAUCUUUUUAUCUAGGGUAAAAUUUAUGUUACUUGUACAAUUGAGUUAAUCUGGUUUGAUCAUAGCAGAAGUUUACGCAAAUGAAGAUGGCAGAAAGCGAGGAAAAGGGAAAGUGGGUGACUGAAAAAUCAUGCGAAAUUUGCGGACAAAAUGUAGGAAAAGCAGUAAAUGGGGAAGCAUUUGUAGCGUGUGAUGAAUGUGGAUUUCCAGUUUGCAGGCCUUGUUAUGAGUAUGAAAGGAAGCAACCUUAUCAGUCUUGUCCUCAAUGCAAAACUAGAUACAGGCAUCACAAAGGAAGUCCUGCUGCUCAUGGAGAUGUUGAGGAGGAUGCUGAUUCUAAUUUUAAUCAGAAUGAUAAACUUAAUACUGCACACCGCUCGCUUGGCUAUGAGCUAGGGAAGACUGCUGCUCCUAGCUAUGCCAUUGCCCGGCGUGAGGUGUCUGGAGAGUUAUCUACUGGAUCGCCUGAUCGCUAUUCUGUUGGCUCUGCCGGAGUUUAUGGAGGAAACAAAUCUCAUACCGGAACAGCUGAUAUUUCCAGAGAAUUCGCCAUGCCUCCCUUGGGUAAUAUAGCCUGGAAAGAGAGAGUUGAUGGAUGGAGGAUGAAGCAGGAUAAGAAUGUUUUACCUGCUAAUAGUACUCGUCCUCCGUCUGAAAGAGGUGCUGAUACUGAUGCUGCCACUGAUAUAUUAGAUGAGUCUUUACUGAAUGAUGAAGCUAGGCAGCCACUGUCAAGAAAGGUCCCCAUCCCAUCAUCUAAAAUUAAUCCUUACAGGAUGGUCAUUGUUCUCCGCCUUGUGAUUCUUGGAAUUUUCUUUCACUAUCGUAUUACUAAUCCUGUUCCCGGUGCCUAUGCUCUUUGGCUCGUAUCAGUUAUAUGUGAGAUAUGGUUUGCUAUAUCCUGGAUAUUGGAUCAGUUUCCCAAAUGGCUUCCUGUAAACCGUGAAACCUAUCUCGACAGGCUUUCUCUAAGAUAUGAUCGUGAAGGGGAGACUUCUCAAUUAGCUGCUGUCGAUAUAUUUGUUAGUACUGUCGAUCCCUUGAAGGAGCCUCCUCUUGUGACAGCUAACACAGUUUUGUCCAUUCUGGCUGUUGAUUACCCAGUUGACAAAGUUGCAUGUUAUGUGUCUGAUGAUGGAGCAGCCAUGUUAACAUUUGAAGCUUUGUCAGAGACAGCAGAGUUUGCAAAGAUGUGGGUUCCUUUCUGCAAGAAGUAUGACAUUGAGCCCAGGGCUCCUGAAUGGUAUUUUGCUCAAAAGAUUGACUAUCUGAAAGAUAAAGUUCAGACAUCAUUUGUCAAAGAUCGCAGGGCUAUGAAGAGGGAAUAUGAGGAAUUUAAAGUCCGCAUCAAUGCUCUGGUCGUCAAGGCACAAAAAGUCCCGGAAGAAGGAUGGGUGAUGCAAGAUGGCACCCCUUGGCCAGGAAACAAUAUCAGGGAUCAUCCUGGCAUGAUUCAGAUUUUCUUGGGUCAAAGUGGAGGGCUGGAUACUGAUGGCAAUGAGCUGCCACGUUUGGUCUAUGUUUCUCGUGAGAAGCGUCCAGGCUUCCAACAUCACAAGAAGGCUGGUGCUAUGAAUGCCCUUGUUCGAGUCUCAGCAGUUCUUACCAAUGGGCCAUUCUUACUAAAUCUUGACUGUGAUCACUACAUAAACAACAGCAAGGCCUUGAGGGAAGCCAUGUGUUUUAUGAUGGAUCCAAACCUUGGAAAAUAUGUUUGUUAUGUGCAGUUUCCGCAGAGGUUUGAUGGUAUUGAUAGGAAUGAUAGAUAUGCCAACCGCAACACUGUUUUCUUUGAUAUUAACUUGAGAGGAUUGGAUGGCAUUCAAGGCCCAGUUUAUGUGGGUACUGGUUGUGUAUUCAAUAGAACUGCGUUAUAUGGUUAUGAACCCCCUCACAAGCCCAAGAACAAGAAAAAGGGAUUGUUUACAUUACUCUGUGGCGGAUCACGGAAGAAAAGCUCAAAAGCAAGUACGAAGGGCUCUGACAAAAAGAAAUCUAGCAAGCAUGUUGAUCCUACUGUGCCAGUUUUCAAUUUGGAGGAUAUUGAAGAAGGCAUUGAAGGUACUGGAUUCGACGAUGAAAAGGCUAUGCUCAUGUCUCAGGCUAGUCUGGAGAACAGGUUUGGUAUGUCUACUGUCUUUGUAGCUACCACACUAAUGGAAAAUGGCGGAAUACCACCAGACACGGACCCUGAUACGCUCCUAAAGGAGGCCAUUCAUGUCAUUAGCUGUGGUUAUGAAGACAAAACAGAUUGGGGAAGUGAGAUUGGAUGGAUUUAUGGUUCAGUGACAGAAGAUAUUCUGACGGGUUUUAAGAUGCAUGCUCGUGGUUGGAGAUCAAUUUACUGUAUGCCAAAGCGUCCAGCCUUCAAAGGUUCUGCACCUAUUAACCUUUCUGAUCGGUUAAACCAAGUGCUUCGGUGGGCUCUUGGCUCUAUAGAAAUUCUUUUCAGUCGGCACUGUCCUAUUUGGUAUGGAUAUGGUGGAAGGCUCAAAUGGCUUGAACGCUUUGCUUAUGUGAACACCACUAUUUAUCCGAUCACUUCCAUUCCUCUUGUUUUAUACUGUACUAUUCCCGCUGUCUGUCUGCUGACAAGCAAGUUCAUUAUCCCGCAGAUCACAAAUCUGGCAAGUAUUUGGUUUAUAUCCCUCUUCUUAUCCAUCUUUUCAACGGGUAUAUUGGAGAUGAGGUGGAGUGGUGUAGGCAUAGACGAAUGGUGGAGAAACGAGCAGUUCUGGGUGAUCGGUGGUGUUUCUGCUCAUCUGUUUGCAGUGUGUCAGGGUCUGCUAAAAGUUCUAGCAGGCAUCGACACCAAUUUCACAGUGACCUCUAAGGCCUCAGAUGAAGACGGUGAUUAUACAGAGCUAUACAUGUUCAAGUGGACAACCCUGCUUAUCCCUCCCACCACCCUUUUGAUCAUAAACUUGGUGGGAGUAGUUGCAGGCAUCUCAAACGCAAUUGACAGCGGGUUUCAGUCAUGGGGUCCGUUGUUUGGGAAGCUGUUCUUUGCAUUGUGGGUGAUUCUACAUCUUUAUCCUUUCCUUAAGGGUCUAAUGGGACGUCAAAACCGAACCCCAACUAUAGUGGUGGUGUGGUCAGUCCUCCUAGCAUCCAUAUUUUCUCUGUUAUGGGUUCGAGUGAAUCCGUUCAUAACGAAGGUGUCGGGGCCUGAUCUGGAGGUCUGUGGCAACUAUUGUUAACUGAAGAGAUAAGAGAUUUAGAUGAGAUGAUGAUAGAUUGUGGAAUUAGUCAAUAAUAGAGUAGUGAUGUCCAUAUAAGUAAGUAUAUUAAUGAUUAGAUGAUAUUAUUAUUGGUUAGGUAGCUAGCUAUUUACUCAAGUCAGUACUGAUGUGCUGUAGUGCUGCUACAAAUGUGAGCAUGGAAGGCAAGCAAUACUAUUACAUUGUUUGUGACUUGCCGCUUAUUAUUGUGUAUUCUCUAAUCUGUAUAACUAUUAUCAUUAUUAUUAUUGGAUUCAUAUACUACUUGGUAUUAUAUUAAAUAUUAUUGGAUUGGACGA